AUGGAUCAAACACAAUUCACAGACAGAGCGCUAGAUAUUAUCACCAAUGCUACCAAGCUAUGUCGGGAUAAUUCGCACGCCCAGGUGGUGCCUUUGCACUUCCUAGCCGCAAUGACCCCGACUGAGGACAGCGCAGACGUUUCAUAUUUAAAAACGAUCAUUGAGAAGGGUCGUUUUGACUGGGUUCAAUUUGAAAGAACAGUCAACAGACAUCUGGUGAGGCUGCCAUCACAGAGCCCAGCACCUGCUGAACCAUCUUUCAGUAGUUCAGCCGCAAGCAUUCUACAAAACUCGUCGAAGAUAAAGGCCCAACAGAAAGACAGCUUUAUAGGCCAGGACCAUAUUUUGCUGGCUUUAGUGGAAGACUCUUCUGUCAAGGCCAUUUUGAAAGAAUGCGGAAUCACUUCGGAGGCUCUAAAGACCCAAAUAGUGGAGCUUCGGGGUAACCAGAGAAUCGACUCCAGACAAGCCGAUGCCUCCUCUCAAUUCGAGUUUCUGAGCAAAUACGCCAUUGAUUUGACAGAACAGGCGCUUCAGGGCAAAAUAGACCCUGUUAUUGGAAGAGAAGAGGAGAUCAGGAGAACCAUUCGUGUUCUAGCAAGAAGGGCCAAAUCCAACCCAUGUCUUAUUGGUGACCCAGGUGUUGGUAAGACCAGUAUAGUUGAGGGUGUCGCUCAAAGAAUAGUUGAUAAUGAUGUGCCCACGGUUUUGCAAAACUCCAAACUGUAUGCUUUGGACCUGGGAUCUCUUAAGGCUGGUGCUAAGUACCAGGGUGAUUUCGAAGAGAGAAUCAAAGGUGUUUUGACCGAAAUCGAAAACUCCAAGACCAUGAUCAUCCUAUUCAUUGAUGAAAUCCACAUGCUUAUGGGAGAUGGUAAGAGCGAUGCCGCCAAUUUGUUGAAGCCAAUGUUGGCUAGAGGCUCCUUGCACUGUAUCGGUGCUACUACGGUCACAGAAUACCGUAAGUACGUCGAGAAAGAUGGUGCAUUUGAAAGACGUUUCCAGAGAAUCGAUGUCAGAGAACCAACCAUCAGAGAGACUAUUGCCAUUCUGAGAGGUUUGCAACCUAGGUAUGAGAUUCAUCACGGUGUCAGAAUCCUUGAUUCCGCUCUUGUGACUGCCGCACAGUUAGCUUCGAGAUAUCUCACUUACAGAAAGCUCCCUGACUCAGCUGUUGACUUGAUAGAUGAGACAUCAGCUGGAGUUGCUGUAGCAAGGGAUUCGAAACCAGAAGAGCUGGACUCCAAGGAAAGAGCGUUAUCUUUGUUGGAGAUUGAAAUCAAAGCUCUUGAGAGAGACUCCAAUGCUGACCCAACCACAGCUGAAAGACUAGAACAAGCAAGGAAACGGUAUCAGGACUUGGAGGAGGAAUUGGCACCUUUGAGAGAGAAAUAUGCCGAGGAGAGAAAGGGACAUGAAGAACUCACAAGCCUGAAGAGAAGACUAGAUGAGCUGGAAGUCAAAGCCACUGAUGCCGAAAGAAGGCAUGAUGCCGCUGCCGCUGCUGAUCUGAAGUUCUACGUCAUCCCAGAGGUCAAGGACAAGAUUGCUGAAAUCGAGGCCAAGAUUGCCGAGGAAGAGGACUUAACCAGCGAGUCUAGAAACGUUGUUGGCUCGGACGAGGUCGCCGAGACUGCAGCGAAAUUGACUGGUAUUCCAGUAUCCAAAUUGACUCAGGCAGAAAAUGCGAAAUUGAUCACAAUGGAGAAAGAGUUGUCUUCAAGUGUGGUGGGUCAAGGUGAAGCUGUCAAAGCCGUCUCCAAUGCCAUCAGACUGUCUAGGUCUGGAUUAGCCAAUCCUAACCAGCCAGCUUCGUUCAUGUUCUUAGGGCUUUCUGGUUCAGGUAAGACCGAGUUGGCAAAGAAACUUGCCGGUUUCCUGUUUGCUGAUGAAAAGGCCAUGGUGAGAAUCGACUGUUCGGAGCUGGGUGAAAAGUGGUCGAUAUCCAAGCUUUUGGGUGCGGCUUCUGGUUAUAUCGGAUACGAGGAAGGUGGUGUUUUGACAAAUGCAUUGCUCCGCCGUCCUUAUUCGGUUGUCCUUUUUGAUGAAGUUGAAAAGGCUGCUCCUGAAGUGUUGAACGUUUUGCUGCAAAUGCUGGAUGAUGGUCGUAUCACGGCUUCGAACGGUGCUUUGGUAAACUGUUCUAACUGUAUCGUCAUCCUGACCUCCAAUUUGGGUGCAGAGUACAUCAACGCAUCCAAGGGAUCCAAGGUUAGCGACGAAACCAAGUCAUUGGUGAUGAACGCAGUGAGAGCCCACUUCAGACCAGAGUUUUUGAACCGUAUCUCUGCUAUGGUUGUCUUUAACAGAUUGUCGAGACACGCAAUAGCCAAGAUCGUCAAGAUCAGAAUCAAGGAGAUUGAAGAGAGGUUUGAAGCCAACGGAAAGUCAAUCAAGCUUAAUCUGGAUGACAGUGCAUUGGAGUAUCUGUGCAGAAACGGAUACUCCCCAGACUUGGGUGCAAGACCACUUAACCGGCUCAUCCAGAACGGUAUCCUGAACCAUUUGGCAGUCAUGGUCUUGAAUGGCCAAGUGGUCGACAAGGAUACAGUCAACGUCACUUCUUCAAGUAAGGGACUAGUUGUAAUUCCAAAUCAUGAGGUUGAAGACGUUGAUAUGGACUUUGACGUGGACGACUGGACUGACGAUGCAGAUGACGAUGAAGAGUUGGAUACGCCUCCAGUUGACUAA